AUGCAUCUUCAACGCAAUCGUAUAUCAAGUUGGAAAGAUAAAAUUCGAAUUCUUAAACAAAUAGCUCGUGGUCUUGCUGAAAUGCAUAAGAGAGAUCUCAUUCAUGGAGAUUUACAUAGUGGUAAUGUAAUGAAUAUUGAUCAAUCACAUUUCGUUAUUGGGGACGUUGGACUUUGUGGACCAGCUAAUCGAAUGACACGUAAGAAAGGGGGAUUAUAUGGAGUACUUCCUUACGUUGCUCCAGAACUUCUUAGAGGAGCAGAAUAUUCAAAGAAAGUAGACAUUUAUAGUUUUGCUAUUAUAAUGUGGGAAAUAUGUUCUGGUAUUAGACCAUACGCUGGUACAGCUCAUGAUGUUAAUAUGGCAAAAGAUAUAUGUGAGGGGAAAAGACCACCUGUUCCACCUGGAACACCUUCUUUUUAUUCUGAACUUAUGAAAAGUUGUUGGGAUGCUAAUCCAAAUAAUCGUCCUAAUGCACCUGAAGUAUUAAAA